ACGACGGAGCCCAGCUAGGCGCCCGACUGUGCGUCAUGGAGUACAAUAUCAGUGGCAUCGGGAAUGUGUCGACGGUGCUGCGACCGGAGGCGCGUCUGUCGGCGGAGACACGAUUGCUGGGUUGGAAUGUGCCGCCGGAUGAGCUGCGACACAUACCCGAGCACUGGCUGACAUAUCCGGAGCCGCCAGAGUCCAUGAACUAUCUGCUGGGCACACUCUACAUAUUCUUUACGGGUAUGUCGCUGAUAGGCAAUGGCCUAGUCAUUUGGGUCUUCUCGGCAGCCAAGUCGCUGCGAACGCCUUCGAACAUACUGGUGAUCAACUUGGCCAUCUGUGACUUUCUGAUGAUGAGCAAGACGCCCAUCUUUAUCUACAACAGCUUUAACCAGGGCUUUGCGCUCGGCAACCUAGGUUGCCAGAUCUACGGCAUCAUUGGCUCUUACACGGGCAUCGGUGCCGGCGCAACGAAUGCGUUUAUCGCCUACGAUCGCUACAAUGUGAUCACGCGACCCAUGGAGGGCAAAAUGACGCACGGCAAGGCAAUAGCAAUGAUAAUUUUCAUCUAUAUGUAUGCAACGCCCUUUGUAGUGGCCUGCUACACGGAAUCGUGGGGUCGAUUUGUGCCUGAGGGCUAUUUGACCUCGUGCACGUUCGACUAUCUGACGGACAACUUCGACACGCGCAUGUUUGUAGCAACCAUCUUCUUCUUCAGCUUCUUCUGCCCCACCACCAUGAUUCUGUACUACUACAGUCAGAUUGUCAGCCAUGUUUUCAGUCACGAGAAGGCACUGCGCGACCAGGCCAAGAAGAUGAAUGUCGAGUCGCUGCGCUCCAAUGUGGACAAAAGCAAAGAGACGGCCGAGAUACGCAUUGCCAAGGCAGCGAUUACCAUUUGCUUCCUAUUCUUCGUUUCCUGGACACCCUACGGCGUAAUGUCGCUGAUUGGGGCAUUUGGGGACAAGAGCUUGUUGACGCCGGGUGCCACCAUGAUACCGGCUUGCACGUGCAAGAUGGUAGCCUGCAUAGAUCCAUUUGUGUAUGCGAUCAGCCAUCCCAGAUACCGCAUGGAACUACAAAAGCGGUGCCCUUGGCUGGCCAUUAGCGAAAAGGACCCCGAGUCCACCACGGUGGCCUCUACAACGACCACGCAGGAGCAGCAGCAAACGACAGCGGCGUAGAGCUCGACUGCUCUACAAAUCCUCAACUUUACUGCUGUAGAAUGCCUGACAAAAAGAAUCGAACUCAACUAAGCCAAUCUCGUAAUACUAAUCGCCAGGAAACUUCUAUAACAGCAACUCAACCGAAACAAAAAUGUGCAAACAAUAAUAUUUAUUAUAUAUCUUUAGUUUCAUCUGUAGCAUCAUGCUCUUCAAAAAUAAAUAAUUAAUUAAUGCAAGCAA